GCAGACGUGUCCCCCGUGGUGGCCGGGCUCAUCGGCGCGACCGUCUUGGUGGUCUCCGUCUCGGUCACGGUGUUUGUGUGGACAUGCUGUCACCAGCAGGCCGAGAAGAAGCACAAAACCCCCCCCUAUAAGUUCAUCCACAUGCUGAAAGGCAUCAGCAUCUACCCCGAGACCUUGAGCAACAAGAAGAAAAUCAACCGGCUGCGCCGAGACAAGAGCGGGACCCCCAAGGAGGCCGCGCGGGGGAACCUCCUGGUGGAAGCGGCCGAGUCGGGGCUGGCGGGCCCCGAGGCCCCGUUGGCACCCGCCGCAGCCCCCCGGGUCGAGCAGCUCCCCAUCCAGGUGGAUUACGGGGACGAACUCAGCCCGGACCGGAGCCUCACCCCGGCGGGCAGCAAAACCUCCUCGCCGUCCUCGCCGGGCGACGACGUGACGCUGGGCGAGCUGACCUUCUCGGUGGACUACAACUUCCCCAAAAAGGCCCUGGUGGUCACCAUCCAGGAGGCCCGCGGGCUGCCCGUGAUGGACGAGCACACGCAGAGCUCCGACCCCUACAUCAAGAUGACCAUCCUGCCCGACAAGAGGCACCGCGUGAAGACCCGGGUGCUGCGCAAGACGCUGGAGCCGGUGUUCGACGAGACCUUCACCUUCUACGGGAUCCCCUACAGCCAACUGCAGGACCUGGUGCUGCACUUCCUCGUGCUCAGCUUCGACCGCUUCUCCCGCGACGACGUGAUCGGAGAGGUUGUGGUGCCCCUGGCCGGCGUCGACCCCAGCACCGGCAAAGUGCAGCUCACCAGGGAGAUCCUCAAGAGGAACAUCCAGAAGUGCCUGAGCCGGGGGGAGCUGCAGGUGUCCCUGUCCUACCAGCCCGUGGCGCAGAGGAUGACCGUGGUGGUGCUGAAGGCCCGGCACCUGCCAAAGAUGGACAUCACCGGCCUCUCAG